CUCCACGGAUCAAACAACGAUUUGCCUUUGUUCAACAUGGCGGCCCCCAUGGACGCUGCCGGCGAUAGCCCAAAAAGAAAGGCAGACUCCCAAGUUCCCGCUGAAGAAAGUGAUUUGCUUCUGAUUCGACCUUUGGGAGCGGGACAAGAAGUCGGCAGAUCAUGCAUCAUCCUCGAAUUCAAGGGGAAACGUAUUAUGCUAGACUGUGGCAUUCAUCCCGGCAUGUCCGGCUUGGACGCUCUCCCUUACGUAGAUCUCAUCGAAGCCGACGAGAUCGACCUUCUUCUCGUGAGCCAUUUCCACUUGGAUCAUUGCGGUGCUUUGCCGUGGUUUCUACAGAAGACCACUUUCAGAGGCCGCUGUUUCAUGACACACGCAACCAAGGCUAUCUACCGCUGGCUACUUGCAGACUACAUCAAAGUGAGCAACAUCGGAACCGAACAGAUGCUGUACUCCGAAGCAGACCUCGAAGCCAGCAUGGAGAAGAUCGAAACUAUCAACUUUCACGAAGAGAAGGAAGUAAACGGCAUCCGCUUUUGGUGCUACAACGCCGGACAUGUUCUGGGCGCAGCCAUGUUCAUGAUAGAAAUCGCCGGAGUUAAAGUUCUGUACACGGGUGACUUUUCUCGUCAGGAAGAUCGCCAUCUCAUGGCGGCCGAGAUUCCUAAUAUCCACCCCGAUGUUCUCAUUAUAGAAUCCACCUACGGCACCCACAUACACGAAAAACGCGAAGACAGAGAAGCUCGUUUUACCGGACUCGUGCACGACAUUGUGAACCGCGGUGGACGGUGUCUCAUUCCGGUGUUCGCUCUGGGUCGCGCGCAGGAACUACUACUAAUACUGGACGAGUACUGGUCAAACCACCCCGAGCUGGACGACAUUCCAAUAUACUACGCGUCCUCCCUCGCUAAAAAGUGCAUGGCAGUGUACCAGACUUACGUGAACGCCAUGAACGAGCGCAUACGGCGGCAGAUCACGGUGAACAACCCGUUUGUCUUCAAGCACAUCUCUAAUCUGAAGAGCAUCGAGCACUUCGAAGAUGUCGGACCUUGCGUCGUGAUGGCCAGCCCGGGUAUGAUGCAGAGCGGGCUUUCCCGCGAACUCUUCGAGAGCUGGUGUACGGACCCAAAGAACGGCGUCAUCAUCGCCGGUUACUGCGUCGAGGGCACGCUCGCCAAGAACAUCCUCUCCGAACCCGAAGAGAUCACGACCAUGGUGGGGCAGAAGCUGCCGCUCAAGAUGUCCGUGGACUACAUCUCGUUCUCGGCGCACACGGACUACCAGCAGACUAGCGAGUUCAUCCGCUGCCUGAGGCCGCCGCACAUAGUCCUGGUCCACGGCGAGCAGAAUGAGAUGGGUCGUCUCAAAGCUGCGAUCGUGAGGGAGUACGAGGACGACAUCGAGACGCGGAUCGACGUCCACAACCCGCGUAACACUCAGGCCGUAGAACUGUAUUUCAGGGGAGAGAAGACCGCGAAAGUGAUGGGGGCGUUGGCGGUGCAGUCCCCGUCGCCUGGAAGGCAGCUCUCCGGUGUGCUGGUGAAGAGGAAUUUCAGCUACCACCUCCUGUCUCCCGCGGACCUGGCCAAGUACACGGACAUGGUGAUGAGCACGGUCGGACAGAGGUUGAGUCUCAACUACACAGGUUCCUUUCAGGUCCUCCACUUCUUCUUGAACCAGCUCUCGGGCGACAUAGAGAUCGUGGAAGGGCAAAAGAAGAGCCUCAGGGUAUUCGGCAACGUCACCGUCACGCAGGAGUCCGGCAACAUGGUCGUCCUCGAGUGGAACUCCAGCCCGGUGAACGACCUCUUCGCCGACGCAGUGGUGACCGUGGUCCUGCGGGCGCAGUGCUCUCCCAUCGCUCCCCGCAGUCUGCCCACGUCCCUGGUGAAGGUCGACCGCAUGCACUUCACGGAGUGUCUCAUGGAGACCCUGGCGGGAAUGUUCGGUGAGGACUCGGUGGGGAAAGUGGUGAAGGGGGAACGCAUGAUGGUCACGGUCAACGACCACUGCGCGCACAUCAACCUGCGGAGCCUCGAGGUGAAGUGCGACGGCGACGACACGUUGCAACAGAUUGUUUCUACGGCGGUUACAAAGUUGUACAACUCUAUGGCUCCGGUGAAGGUUUGAGCGCGCGUUUUUUGUGGUGCGUCUGUACAAAGGAAGUCUCGUUGAGUUUUGUGUUGAUAUGAUAUCUCCCGUAAUAAACGAGAAAAUGUAA